AUGUUAAUUCAUUGGGAGGCGCCACCUAGGGAUGUGUUAAAAAUAAAUUUUGAUGCUUCCCUUGGUUCAGAUGAAAAUAGUUGCGGUUUAGGUGGAUUAGCAAGAUCUUUCGACGGUAAAUGUGUAGUUUGGUUCUCUUCUUGCUGCAAUCAACGUCUAGACGCAACUACAGCAGAGGCAAUGGCAGCACUCAGAGCGAUGGAGUUCGCUCGCGAUCAUGAUAUGCAUCGAGUUAUUUUAGAAAGCGAUUCCAGCACCAUUGUCGCAGCUAUCCAAGGUGAAGGAGGGUAUUUUUUCAGCUUUGGUCACCUCAUCGACGAUAUCAAAAGACUCUCAUCCGUAUUUAAAGACUUCAAAGUUUGCCAUGUCAAAAAGGAAGGUAACCGUGCUGCCUACGAAAUCGCAAAAUUGUCCUUAAGAUCAACUUUUACGGCUGAUGUUUUUCCCAGAUUUCAUAUCUAG